AGUGCUCAGUGUCCUCCGUCAGGAUGUGUCCCCGCUCCGGCCGCCUGCUGCUGCUGGUCCUCCUGGCUGUCCCUCUGUACGGGGUGGAGAAGGUGAGGAGCAGAGGCUACAGGAAGGAUCCUGACGCAGACAAGUGCACUGGAAAUGAUGCAGAAAAGCUCAACUGCACUAGACACUCCGCUGAGGGAAGAUCUACCGCUCUGAGCAGCAUGUAUGGCAGCUGCAUGCAAGGCCCAUCAGGCACCCCUGGCAGAGAUGGUAACCCUGGAGCCAACGGCAUUCCAGGGACUCCAGGUAUCCCGGGCCGUGAUGGGCUGAAAGGUGAAAAAGGAGAAUGUGUCAGCGAGAUUUUCGAGGAGCCGUGGAAACCCAACUACAAGCAGUGUGCCUGGAGCGCCCUGAAUUAUGGGAUCGACCUGGGUAAAGUGGCUGACUGCACGUUCACCAAGCUGCGCUCAGACAGCGCUCUCAGAGUCCUCUUCAGCGGCUCGCUGCGACUCAAGUGCAAGAACGCAUGCUGCCAGAGGUGGUACUUCACCUUUAACGGAGCAGAGUGCACCGGACCCCUGCCUGUAGAGUCCAUCAUUUACCUCGACCAGGGCAGUCCAGAACUCAACUCAACCAUCAACAUCCACAGGACGUCCUCAGUUGAAGGUCUGUGUGAGGGCAUCAAAGCGGGGCUGGUGGAUGUGGCCGUGUGGGUGGGGACCUGCGCAGACUAUCCCAGAGGCGACGCAUCUACAGGCUGGAACUCUGUCUCCAGGAUUAUCAUCGAGGAGCUGCCUAAAUAA